ACUGCCGAAGAAGAAGUCCAAGUCACGUGACAAGUCCAGCCGGUUAAACUUCCUGUUUUUAAUUCAUCCUGUAAUUCUCCUGUUUGCUUUAUCUUAUCACUUCACCGUUAACACUGAAAAAAACGUUCAUGUUUUUAUGGUUUUUAUCUACACAGCUCAUAGUUACGGCGUCUGAACGCAGCUUUUCUGUGAUAUUGAUUGAACGUCCAGGUCAGCUGAGGCAAUCUGUCAGCUAAUGCUUCCUGCUAAUGCUCAUUGCUCGUAUUCACACCUGACAGCCGUGACUCAGGAGUCUCUGUAGAUCCUGCUUUAGUCCUUCUCCGGUGAGCUUUUACCUCAGGUCUACCAAUCUGUACUUCGUUUACUAGCCAGCACCAUGGCCAAUCUGCUUUCGAUGCAAUGCCUCGUCUCUCUGAGGAAAUCUGGAAACCUGAUUCAUUUAAGAUCUGCAGCCCUGGGUAUCGAUAAGCGAAACUACAGCAGCAAAAAAGAGGAUUCAAGCGAGUAUCUGCACCAAAGUGUCGUCCCUUCAAUGCAUUACCAGAAGAGUUUACCCAGGCUCCCCGUACCAAAACUAGAGGAUACCAUCAAUAGGUAUUUGGCUGCCCAGAGACCUCUGCUGGAUGAAGAGCAGUUCAAUAUCCUUGUUUGUUGUUUACCUGUAGAACAACGGAGAAACUUGCACAAGAUUUCCAGAAUGGCGUGGGGAAACAACUGCAUGAAGAACUGGUUGUGCAGGAUAAAAACAACAAGCACACUAGCUAUAUCUCAGGGCCGUGGUUUGACAUGUACCUUUCUGCCCGCGACUCGGUGGUACUGAACUUCAACCCCUUCAUGUCAUUCAAUCCUGACCCCAAGACAGAGUACAAUGACCAGCUGGUGCGAGCGACGAAUAUGGUGUCUUCAGCUGUGCGCUUCAUGAAAACACUGCGAGCUGGAUUACUGGAGCCGGAGGUUUUCCAUCUCAACCCAGCAAAGAGCGACACAGACGGCUUCAAAAAGUUAAUCCGCUGGGUCCCAUCUUCACUGUCUUGGUAUGGAGCGUACAUGGUAAAUGCUUACCCUCUGGACAUGUCCCAGUACUUCCGCCUCUUCAACUCCUCUCGGAUUCCCAAGCAGGGGCGAGAUGAGCUCUUUACUGAUGACAAAGGGCGACAUCUCCUCGUUAUGAGGAAUGGAAACAUGUAUGUGUUUGAUAUUGUAGACAGAGAUGGGAAUUUAGUGAGUCCUGCAGAGAUCCAGUCCCACUUGAAGUACAUUUUGUCUGACCAGACGCCGGCGCCUGCCUUCCCUUUGGGGGUCCUUACCAGUGAGAACAGAGACACGUGGGCUGGGCUGAGGGAGAAGCUGACAGCUGCUGGGAAUGCAGAGGAUUUAAGGACAGUUGACAGCGCUCUUUUCUGUCUCUCUCUGGAUGAUGAAAGCAUGAAGGAUCACAUUCACAUCUCACACAACAUGCUUCACGGCGACGGCUGCAACCGGUGGUAUGACAAGUCCUUCAGCAUCAUUUUGACCAAAGAUGGACAGGCAGCUAUCAAUUUUGAGCACUCAUGGGGCGAUGGUGUAGCUGUGCUUCGCUUUCAGAAUGAGAUCUUUAAAGACACCACAGAGAAGCCCCUGGUUCACCCGAGCUCAGCUCCUGCUGCUGUGGAUUCAGCCGCCGCUGUCCGCAGACUGCAGUUCAAGCUGAACAGCGAGCUGGAAAAUGGCAUCCAGAAAGCCAGAGAGAAUUUUGAUUCAGCUGUGUCAAAGCUCACCAUCGAUGCCAUGGAGUUCAAGAAAGGUGGGAAGGAACAGUUAAAGAAGGGCAAGUUGAGUCCGGAUGCGAUAGCCCAACUGGCUUUUCAAAUGGGCUACUUGAGGCAGUAUGGACAGACCGUGGCCACGUAUGAGUCCUGCAGCACUGCAGCCUUCAGGCAUGGUCGUACUGAAACCAUCCGGCCUGCCACCAUUCACACAAAACAGUGUGCACAUGCCUUUGUAUGUCAGCCAGGACAACACAGUGUGGAGCAACUGCGGGGUAUGCUCAGUGAGUGUUCCAAAUAUCACGGGCAGCUCACCAAGGAAGCAGCUAUGGGCCAAGGCUUUGACCGUCACCUGUUUGCCAUGCGAUACCUCGCCAACUCAAAGGGCCAGACUCUGCACAGUCUGUAUUCAGACCCAGCUUACGCCGCCAUCAACCACAACAUCCUCUCCACCAGCACCCUCACCAGUCCAGCUGUGAGUCUGGGCGGCUUUGCCCCGGUGGUGCCUGAUGGCUUUGGUGUCGGCUACGGUGUCCACGACGACUGGAUCGGGUGCAACGUGUCCAGCUACCCGGCUCGUAAUGUCCACGAGUUCCUGCAGUGUGUCCACAAGUCUUUAGAGGACAUUUUUACUGUGGUGGAGGGAAAAGCAAUCAACUGAGAAAUAUGUGCGCAUCACCAAAAAGAAAACACGACAGUAGUUUUAUAGAAACCUGAAGGUUAAUGAGGACAUUCUUAUCCCCACUACUUUGACUUGCUCACCUGGAAAACAUGAAAUACAAAGAAAGUAGGAUAAAAAUAUAUUUAUACACACAAAAAGGAAUGUUUAUAAAAAUAUGGUGCUGAAGAUGUUAUUUCGGGAAGACUUAAAUGCACAACAAUGGAGGUUGGGAUCUACAUGUGUAGUCGGUGUCCAAGGAUUUGAAAGUUUGACUGCUGACAGAUCAUAUCAUUACCUGUAAAAUUCACAUUCAACAUUGAAUAAUAGAGGGAAAAAGGAUAGCUUCCAACAUGAUCAGUGAUCAAUCAACUGCCUGUCAGAAAAUAAUAAAAUCAGUACCUGUGGUAGCUAAAUAUAUAGACCAUGCCCGCUAUGAAAGCUGUGUAUAGUACACAAUCUACGUAGGCUGAUCUAGUUUUAUGGUUUCAGAAAUCAAUGAUCAAGAUUCAGAGUCCUGUAAAUAUUACUAAUGUAGUAGAGCUUGAGAUUUAGUGUCUUUGCAGUUUGGAGGUGAAUGCUGUGCCUUAUUAAAAUGUGAACUUAGAGCGUUUGCUGAUCAUCACUGUAAUAACUGCUCAUGAAACCAUCAUCAUCAUACAGCCUUGUUUGUGUGAAUGUCUUUUGAAAUAAACCCUAAUUUAAUUGCAGGA